UGGAAAGUAAAAGGCGAUGGGUGUGUUGCUUUGUGUUUAUUUCUUGUUUUAGAUAGAAUGAAUUAGUUAAAAAGAAAAUUAAUUAUUAGUAAAUCCUACGUUAUUUACAUCACCUCAGUUAAAAGAUUACGCCAUUGUAAAUAUCAUCGUAGCAGCAGAUUGUUGUUUUGAUUUGAUCAAUGGUUGUGUUACUGAUUAUAACAAAAACAAAGUAUAAAAACAAUUGAAGAAAUUAGUUAGCUUAAUGUGUGUGAUAAGUGAUGUUUGCUGUUUACUGUGCUUACGAAGCUCAUAACAAACGCGCGUGUGCUUAAUCAUCAGAUCAAAGUUGACGAUAAUGGCUUUCGUAAAUAAAUCAUGUGUACAUAAACAUGGAAGUGGAUAUUGAACGUGCUAGUGUUCGAAUUUCAAAAUCACGAUGUCGUCGUCGCCGUGCCAAAAAGGCGGGAUGCGCCUCAGUGAAGCGUUGGAUAAUAUGCAACUUGCUUACAACCCAAUCACGAAACAGUUGCAUUUCGUGAGCCCUAAAGUGGAAAAACCAGUUGAGGAUACGUCUGAUGAUAUUGACAAGCUGUCUAAGAAGAGCAGUUUUAGUGAUGAAGGUAACUUUUCUAUUUCAACUUGUGAGAAAAGUGAUACAAGUGAUUCUCCCAAGAGUACUCUGCAGUGGGGCAGUGUGAGUGGUCACCAUCGUGGCAAGGAUGGUGGUUCGUUCUCAAGUACUGUUUCAAGUCUCUCCGAGUGCUCCCUUGGGUCUGCUGCGUCGAAAGAUGAUGAAGUUCCUGAUGUCAAUUCUCAAGACCAGGAGAAUUCUAAGCUGAAGAAGAAAGGAUUGUCCGGAUUUUUCAGCAGAGGAGUGUUUCCAUGGAAGAGCAAUUCUUCAAAGAACAACGAGUCAUCACCAUCGUCAGUGGUAUCUUGGAGACUGUUUGGCAGCAAAUCAAGUGGCAACCUGGCUGCUAAGACCUUGAACUCUGAAGCUCAGAAGACUUUGACACCAGCGUCAUCAGGAGCCAAUACCCCUCAUCACCACAAGAGGCAAGGGAGUUCGGCCAGUGAGAAGCAGUUUGAAGAUCUGGUGGCCAGCUCUAUAGCUCUUAUACAGCAUGAUAGGCCCUCAAACCUACCAGCCAAAUGUACUGAAGAAGCUCUUCGCCACAAAGCAGAGCACGCCAGAAUGGUGGAGGCUGCCAGAAGACGAGUGGAACGGGAGGCAGCUGCCAGACACGCCAGGAUGCAAGAGUCACUACGCCUUGAGGAACGUUUAGCGAGGCACGCGAAGGAAUGGACCCAAAACAUACUGCCAGAUUGGAAUAACACGAAAAAUUCAAAACGCACGCUUGAAUUGUGGUGGAGCGGGCUUCCCCCAGCGGUCCGGGGCAAAGUAUGGCAACUUGCUAUCGAGAACAAACUCAAGAUCACACACGAAAUGUACCAAGACUACGUAGCCAAAGCCAAGCAGAGGCUACACGAAGCACAACUACGAAGGAAGAGGUUAAAAGUCAACAGAAACGAUACAUGCAGCUGCCAGAAAGAAAAUAAAGAAAAAGUUGCCGAACAAAUUGAAAAACACGCGAAAAUAGACGAUAUUCUAGCCAAAACUGAUGAUAGAAUCAAAUCUGAGGAAGAGAAACCUAGAUUAGGUAUACCUAGGAACUUUAGUGAACAGAAUUUGAAGUCUCAAUCUACAGAGUCCGGUCCUAAGAAGUGUUGUUCGAAAUCCAACCCUAAUCUGCUAGAUUAUAGUGACGAAUGUUCGAUGGAGUUGAUACAACUGGACAUAGCUAGGACAUUCCCACAUUUGUGCAUCUUUCAACCGGGAGGACCGUAUUUCGAUGUGCUACAUGAACUUUUGGCGGCUUAUGUCUGCUAUAGGCCUGAUAUUGGAUAUGUUCAGGGCAUGUCAUUCAUAGCCGCAGUCUUAAUCCUGAACAUGGAGGCGCCGCAAGCGUUCGUGUGCUUCGCCAACUUGCUGGACGGACCCGUGCUAAGGGCUGCUUUCACUAGAGACGGGGCUACUAUGCAGCGACUAUGGAAAGCCUACGGCAAGCUGGUAGCCCACCACCUACCCUGGCUGGGCAGCCGCCUGGCGCCGGAGCUGUACCUGGUGGAGUGGCUGUACACGGCGUUCGCCAAGGCCAUGCCGCUCGACGCCGCCUGCCGCGUGUGGGACGUGCUGCUCAGGGACGGAGACACAUUCCUCUUCAACACUGCUCUCGGCGUCCUCCACCUCUACCAAGAGGAACUCAAAGACAUGGACUUCAUAUCAGCUGCCCAGUUCCUCACGAAGUUGCCUGAAGACUUGGACACAGAAGCUCUAUUCAAGAGCAUAUCUGCCGUCUCCUUAACCCUGGACGGCAUGUCGUUCGAAGAGCUGGCUUCUUGCUGCGAAGACGACACGACUUUGGAUGACGAUGUGACGGUAAGGUUAUGAUAUAGGCGACGUAUUGAAGCCUUUUGGGACAUUGUUGAUGCGUUAUCUUUUAGGGUAAAGUUGUAGUUCGAAAGCUGAGUAGAGAAUAUUGGUCUGAGUACUGGGACGGCAUGACAAAGGACUUUGCCACCGAUCAGCACAGACUUGUACACUAUAGGAUUAAGUAAGACCACCUAUUAGCAGAUGUUUACAAGAAAUUCGCGAGAUGUCGCGUUAGAAAUUUCGAAGCAUCAAUGUAAAACAAUGAAAUCUAUGUCGUAUUGAUACGAGGAAAGGUUGAGUAUCCUUUGGCAAAAGUUUGUCCUUUGCCAUGUCGUCUCGGGGGGUGUAGGCCAUGAGCUCAUUUUCAAACAAAAAUUACGAAUGUUGCCUCGUUUAAAUUUUGACAAUACGACAAUAUCCAUUGCGGUGUAUGUUCAAAAGAGAAUCAUUUGCUCCUUGACAAAACACCCAAUGGCUGUUGUUAUACUGUGAAAAUGAAAAUGUUGUGUUGGCAACAUUAAUUUGGAAUGUUGGUCACACAACACCUUUUGGAAAAAUAAUUUAGCUACAUUAGUACCUAAAACAAGAAUUUUGUAAGAGAAUACGAAUGUCACAAUGUCCCCUAGUGUUGUUUGGGUGUGUAAAGCUAAUUCUUGCUUAAAAAUUAAAAAGUAGUGUUUUGUAUAGUCUAUGUCAUUUCAUGUCGAUGUUUUGAGAAAAUGUUUAGUGUAUUCAACAUUUUUUUUUGUACCGAAAUAUCGUGUCCUUAAUUUAUCAAACAGUUUAUAUAAGUUAUUUUAUGAUAUCUUAUAUAAUUGUGAAAUGUAUAUAAAAUUAGAUGUUAUUUUGAUUUUGUUAUCGAAUUAAGGUUUUUUUAUAUUUAAUAUUUUUAAUGAUUUAUUUCAAUUUGAUUCGAAUUUAAAUGGAAUAUUAAGCACACGACUGGUCGUAGUGUAAUUGUAAAUAUAGCGUUGUUGUACUCAAGUAUCAUGAAUCGAUCAUAGAGACUGCCUAGUACCUAUCGUCUCCGAAUUUAUCGAUAUCGAUAUUUAUCGAUGUACCGCGAUGUACGCUGUGAUUUUUGAUAAUAUAAAUAAAAUCACUGUUGUCUAUAUGUUAUUUGCGUAACAAACAUAUCAUAUACAUUCGAUUUGUAUUAGUCAUUUGAAGUUCUGAACAUAAGCGGUUGUGCUGGAACUUUAGCUGGGUAAUGACGUCACAAUACUUCGAUAUUUUACUGAUAUUACAUAGAAAUUCAUCUUAUUAAGGAAAAAUUCUCAAAGUAAAAUCUAGUAUUUUCUGUACAGUAGAAUAAACAGAUUUUUUGGGGCGGUUUCUAAGCACCUUUGUCCACGGUUUAUCUAUUCAAAUAAAAAAAACUGCCGAUACAAGCACUUAGAAACCGGCCAUAAAUAAAUUAAUAAUAUACUAGAGAGAUGUUAAAAAAUAUGUUGUCAGCAAAAUAUUGAGUUGCCAAACAGAUUUAUUUUCAUAUCUGUGACAAUACUGCUUAACAUAUCUCUUUGACGUUCACACGUUCGUUUUGUCAUACAUAUGAAAGGAAUCUCAGAUCGCGGCCAUACGCACAGUGGUUCACGCAACACACCCAAUUAGAAAAAAUAUAAAAAUAUAUUAUGUAAAAAAUCUUUUAUAUUAUUAUUUUUUUGCUACUUUUGUUGUAAAUUUUUAUUUGUUGUGUGUAUGGCCGCGACACAAAACUAUCCAUCUUCGUACCUGUUAAAAACAUAUUUAACACUAAUUUUAGUUAAUCGUAGGAUUAUAUAAGCAUCUUAACUUAUAAUCGUUAUUACUAACAUUUUGUACGAAAUACCGCGAGUUUCAUUCGCGGUUUUUGUGUUUUUUUUAUUGUUUAAAAUCAUGGUUUUCAUAAUGUUACUUUGAAUUUAUUGGUGGAACUUCAAACAUUGAGUGGAUUUCAUAAAAUAGAUACUUCUGUGUCGAUAUUAAAUUAUUUCUGUCCCUGAAUUAAAACAGCUUUUUUACAAUUCUUCAAGAAUUAUUAUCAUAUGCUUUUUGUUAUAAUAAACUAGGUACUCCUUUGCCAACAAAUUAAAAGUAAUGUUGUACCCAUUAUGUGAUUGUUAGACUUAAACUAUUUCCAGUCCCUAUCUUAAAGUAAUAGAAUUUCAAAUAAAAAAAAAAAAAACUUUCGCUUAAUUUUAAAGUUGAUAGAAAAGGAUGUUAUAUUAUUUAAUAUUUAUAAUUGAAGUAAUAAUGAAAUUGUACAUUACUCAUCUCGCACGUCGGUGCAAUACGAUUUCAUAGUUUUAAAUGUAAUUAAACAUUAUUGUAUGUGUAUUCUAUGUAUAAUAAUGUAAAAAAUAAUCGAAUGAUAUUAAUAAAAAAAACUGGUAAAUAUUACCCCAAAUAAAGCAUCACAAUAGAUUCUAAAACGUCUAUAAAAUAAAAUUGACAGUUAUAAUUAAAAGAAAGUGCAAAAGCAGUUAUGUAAUAAAAUAAUGCAAUUAACCUUGACAUCACAAUACACCAUCUUUCUAUAAUGAUAACAAAAUCUUUUUAUAAUCGACCUCAUAAUUGGUCCAUGACCAUCUUUAAGAUCACAGUCCUUUGGACCUUAAAUGAUGUUACUAGACCACUGGGUGUUAAAUUAAAUUGUAUAUAUUAUACGCAAUAAUUAUUAUUAAUUACUAUAGAAUAUGUCAAUUAUAUCGUAUCGUAAUUAUUAAUUAUGCGGUGGCGAGCGGCAAAACUCAAAAGAUCAAUUAAUUGUAUCUAUUUUCCCUAUAAAAUUACACAUAGAUGCUAAAACUUAUCUUUCACUUAACUACACCAGAAACUGUUCAGUCAUUUCGGCAUAUAUCGGUAACAUACUAACACACAAAAAACUGUGUUAAUGAUAAAAACAAUCAGUUAUAUUUCUGCACGCCGCCACAAUAUACUUUUAUAAUGUAAUUAUAAUAUAAUCUAUUAAUAUAGCAAAACGAUCAACGAGUAGUAAACCGGCCUAAUAGUUAACGAGUAUCGAAACUUUCGAGAAAUUAAUAUAAAGUUAAUUGUAAUUAGGUGAUAUUAUAGAAAAUACCUAUGUACUAUAUUAUUGUUAUAUCAAUUAUGUCGAGACGGCGCAAACGCAUGUCUGAUGACGUUUUAUUAUUUUGGCACGUAUUUUAAGACUACUGGUCAAGUAUAUUUGCAAAUAUUGGUUUAAAACAGUUAUUUUUUUCAUUUAUUUAAAAAAUAUUUUUUUUAUUUUAGAAAAUUUGAAUAAUUAAAGAUUUUUUUCUAUAUAUGAGACGAUUUGGUUCAGUGUGCAUGCUUAUUAGUGUUUUUUUUUUUCUAUAAAUAUUAUUUCGGUCACUGAAAAGUAUUUGUGUAAACUUAAUCUGAAUAUUUCGUAUAUUUAGUGAGUAAAAGCUUUAAAUUAUAACUUUAAUGUAAUGGUCUUGCCACAUAAUAACGAUGAUAGUGAUAUUCAUAUUUUUUAGGUCUUGCAACAUUUGUUACAGAGUGACUUUUUUUGCAUAGCAACAUUUUCAUUCAAAGUUUGCACGAUAUUAAAUAAAAGAUAUUAUUUUGGAAAUAUAUUUAUUUUUCAAUUUGUUAUAUUUGUUUAUCAAUUUGUGAAGUGUAAUGUGUAAGCUAGGAAAUAAAAUGUUUAUCUAUAUUCUAUUUUAAUUUAUAGCAUGUUUAUAAAAUCUAUGUAAAAUACGAAGUUAGAGUAAUUUAUCGGUUUGUUAGCAUCUAAAUGGUUAUAUAUUUAGAAAUUUGUAUAGUAAUAUGACAUCCUUUUCUAUCGAUUUAAAUAAAGAAUCUCGCAGUUUCUAAACAGAAUUAUUAUCUUCUAAUAACAUACAAUGAAUCUUAAAUAACUAAAUCAGAUUUGAUUAUUUGUAGGUAUUUUAAUGCAAGUAAAAAUAUCAAUGAUAAUUGUAAAUGUAUGUAGGUGCAAAUUAAUAACAUUCUAGUGACUAUUAUUACCCUGUUAAUAAUUGCCAAAAUAAGUUUUUUCCAAACCUUUCUCUCAUAUCUUUUCUCUUUUUAAAUCUGCCUUUUUACUAUCCAAAUAAAAAGUUUAUAACACAAAUGUUAUUAAUUUGCACCUAUAUUGUAUUUUAAGGGUGGUGACCGAUUGUAACUAGAGCGACAUGUUUUGUGAAGUCGAAACUGACUACGUGCCAACUAAAAAUAACAAUAUAUGUUAAAAACAUGUUUACUAUGUAAUAAUACAGUAACUUCUUUGUUAUUAUUAAUAUGACCAACAGUGUCUUUAAAUACAGUUCACAGACUGCCUCAUCCCCAAUUAGGCGAACAACGCCAAAUGAAAAAAAAAACUUUUUUUAAAGUGUUGCGCUCCAGUCAGAAGCCACCCUAAUGAAAUUACAGUUGUGAUGUGGACUGAUAUUACUAAUUAUAUUAAAUUAUAAAUAAUGCCAUCUCAAUAGUGUGUAAUGUAUUGUUCGCAAUGUAAAUAAAUUGUUAGCGAGUAUGAAAUAAUUCGGCCCCAACAGUACGAAAGUAAUUAUCAUGUAAUUUAAUUGUAAAAUAAAAUUUAAUGAAAUCAA